AUGGGUGACGUUAAACAGUUUUUAUAUGCUUGGUGUGGGAAAAGAAAGGUCACACCAUGUUAUGAGUUUGGCCAGACAGGAUCAAAACAUAAACCAAGGUUUAAAUGUGAGGUCAGAGUUGAAGGAUUUGAUUAUAUGGGUGUAGGUAACUCUACAAAUAAGAAAGAUGCACAAGCUAACUGUGCCAAGGACUUUGUUCAGUUUUUGGUUCGUCAAGGCCUGGUACAACAAUCAGAAGUUCCUUCAACAGGGUUACAAUCAGAAAUGAUGGAACCUAGGCCUGGUCCAAGUGAAGCUAGUAGCGAUGUUGGAUUUAGUGGAUUACCAGGUGGUCUAGCUCCACAUCAAGCUUUAGGACUAGGUGGGGGUAACUUUGGUGGCCAGAGAGAAGAACAGCCCAUGUCAAGAGAGUUUCCACCAUAUGAAAGAGGUCCUCCUCUCAGUUAUAUGGAAAGAAUGGCAGAGAAAAGAAAACUGGAAGAAUCAGAAGAUGUAGAUUUCAAUGCUGAUAUCCAUGGCAACUGGACUUUAGAGAAUUCUAAGAGUCGUUUACAUCAGUGGCUUCAACAGAACAAAAUCCAGGCAGACUAUAAGUAUAAUAUGGUUGGACCUGAUCAUAACAGGAGUUUUAUUGCCGAGAUGAAGUUUUAUGUGAACAAGCUGAGACAAUAUAUCCAUGCUAGAGAACAUGGAUCUAACAAACAGGUAGCUUCUAAAUCCUGUGCCUUGUCUCUUGUAAGACAACUGUUUCACAUGGGUGUAAUUGAAGCUUACACAGGACAGACAAAAAAGAAAGAUCAAGAAAAGUUGGAUGAAUAUGAAGUUGCUAUUAGCAGUGAAACAGAGAAUUUGGUCAAUAAAGCUUUGGAAGCAUGGAAUAUAGAACCUGUUAGAAGGCCAGAUGAUACCAGUCAGCCUGUAUCAAUGAUGUCGCAUACGUCAUUAGAGGAAUUUGAACCUGCACCCAAGCGAAAUACAGGUGGAGUUGUCCCCUGGUCACCACCACAGGAAAACUGGAAUCCAUGGUCUAAUUGUAAUAUUGAUGAAGGCCCACUAGCUCAUGCUUCACUUGACCAGAUUAGUAGAGAUUUAUAUGAAUCAACAGAAAGACAAAGAAAUACUGACCAGAAUUUACAAAAGAUGAUAGAAGAGAGAACCCAUCUCCCAGUGUCUCAGUCACAUGAUUACAUCUUGAAUGAAAUUAAUAACAACUCUUGUAUUAUUAUCAGAGGAGAAACAGGUUGUGGCAAGACCACUCAGGUUACCCAGUUUAUUAUGGAUCAGAUGAUACAGCAAGGAAGAGGAGCUGAAUGUAAUAUUGUAAUUACACAGCCAAGAAGAAUCAGUGCUAUAUCUAUAGCGGAGAGAGUAGCUCAGGAGAGAUCUGAGGAAUUAGGCAUGUCUGUUGGAUACAGUGUCAGAUUUGAAUCAGUAUUUCCACGGCCAUAUUGUGGUAUUCUGUAUUGCACAGUCGGUACUCUCUUGAGGAGAUUAGAGAAUGGUAUGAGGGGUAUAUCACAUGUUAUUGUUGAUGAAAUCCAUGAGAGAGAUAUCAAUACUGAUUUCCUUCUGAUUAUGUUACGAGACAUGGUAAAUACAUAUCCACAGUUACGUGUUGUACUAAUGUCAGCCACUAUAGAUACUUCACUGUUUUCUGAAUAUUUUGGAGAUUGUAAAAUCGUUGAAGUCUAUGGAAGAACUCAUCCUGUACAGGAAUAUUACCUUGAAGACUGUAUACAGAUGUUGAACUUCAUCCCACCUCCAAAUGAUAAGAAAAAGAAAAAAGAUAAAGAUGAAUUAGAUGCUGAGGAAGGAGACCAGGAAGAAAACUGUAAUUUGAAAGUGAGUUCAGAAUACUCUGAACAGACCAAACGAGCUUUGGCUAUGCUAAAUGAAAAAGAAUUAUCCUUUGAACUGAUAGAGGCUCUUAUCAAGUACAUAAAGACACUAGGUAUACCAGGAGCUUUAUUGAUAUUCUUGCCAGGAUGGAAUCUUAUCUUUGCCCUCCAUAAACAUCUGGAAAUGCAUCCGGAAUUUGGUGGUCCACAGUAUAGACUGUUACCCUUACAUUCACAAAUACCUAGGGAGGACCAGAGAAGGGUGUUUGAUCCAGUACCAGAUGGCGUAACAAAGAUUAUUCUAUCUACCAACAUAGCAGAAACCAGUGUUACUAUUAAUGAUGUUGUCUUUGUUGUUGACAGCUGCAAAGCAAAAAUGAAACUGUUCACGUCCCAUAACAAUAUGACAAAUUAUGCCACAGUCUGGGCAUCAAAGACCAACCUAGAACAAAGAAGAGGUAGAGCUGGACGUGUUAGACCAGGUUUUGCCUUCCAUUUGUGUAGUAGAGCAAGGUUUGAAAGAUUAGAACAGCAUACAACACCAGAGAUUUUCAGAACACCUCUUCAUGAACUAGCAUUGUCUAUCAAGUUACUGAGGCUAGGUCCUAUAGCCAAGUUCAUGGCCAAAGCAGUGGAACCACCACCCAUUGAUGCUGUCAUUGAAGCUGAAGCACUCCUUAAAGAGAUGAGAGCAUUGGACACUAAUGAUGAACUGACACCACUUGGUAAAAUUCUAGCUAAACUACCUAUAGAACCAAGACUAGGCAAGAUGAUCAUCUUUGGGUGUAUGUUUUAUGUUGGUGAUGCAGUCUGUACAAUAGCUGCCAGUACAACCUUCCCUGAACCAUUUAUAACACCUACAGAUAGGAGAAGAUUAGGCUGGGUACAUAAAUCUUUAGCUGGAGACAGAUUCAGUGAUCAUGUAGCAUUAUUAAAUGCUUUCCAAAUGUGGGAAGAUUCAAGAUCGGGUGGAGAAAUGUCAGAGAUGAAUUUCUGUGAUCAAAAGUCAUUGUCUAUGCCAACUCUUAGAAUGACAUCUGAAGCUAAGAGACAGUUAGCAGAUAUCCUAGUCAAUUCUGGAUUCCCUGAAGAUUCUCUGAUGCCUCAAUCUUACAACUUUCAUGGACCUGACAGUAAUCUAGAUGUGGUUAUUUCUCUCCUGUGUCUUGGUUUAUAUCCAAAUGUAUGUUACCAUAAAGAAAAGAGAAAGGUGUUAACAACUGAAAGUAGAGCUGCCUUAGUUCACAAGUCAUCUGUUAACUGCAGUAACCAGGAGAUCAAAUUUCCUUCUCCUUUUUUUAUAUUUGGUGAAAAGAUUCGAACUAGAGCAGUUUCUUGCAAACAGAUGACAAUGGUGACACCUCUACAGCUUCUGAUAUUUGGUUCAAGACAUGUUGCAGUUCACAAUGAUGGCAUAGUUCUGGACAACUGGAUAAAUUUAAGAAUGGACUAUGAUCAUGCUGCUAAAAUAGUAGGUUUAAGACCAGCUUUAGAAGCCAUGGUUGUUAGAGCUACAACAGAUCCAGAGGUUGUCAGCAGUCCAGGCCAUCAGGAAGAGCCACUGAUGGCUGCUUUUAGAACUCUAGCAAAGGUCAAUGCUGGGAGGUUUGGUAUUGCACAGGAUGAAAAAACAGCUAAAGGUUUUGGUGGACCACACAAACGAGGACGAUUUGGAGGAGGUGGGUUUGGUGGCGGUGGUGGACGAGGAUUUGGUGGUAGGGGAGGUUUUGGAGGAUCUAGAGGAAAUUUUGGAGGUGGUGGGUAUGGAGGACGUGGAUUCAGUGGGGGAGGAAGAGGAAAUUUUGGUGGAGGAGGGUUUGGAAGAGGUGGAGGAGGAGGAGGAUUCAGUAGAGGUGGUCAAUCAAGUGGAUUUGGGAGAGGACGUGGAGGUUAUGGACAAUCAGGCGGAUUUGGAGGAGGAAGUUUUAGAGGACAAGGGGGAUAUUAAUUCCAAUAUGUGAACUGUUUUCUGUACAUUAUCAUAACUGUUGUUGUUUAAGACAAGUUUGAUUAAUAUAAUAAGCUUCCUGUUAAAUGUUUAUGAUUUCUUUUUUUUUAUUUUUAAUUUUGCCAUAGCCAGUGUUAUGUCAUCUACCAAUCUUUACAUUUCAUAUUUGUAACAGCUUUGUAACAUGUAAAAGUUCAUUAUUGGUCAUUAAACUGAUAUUUAUAGAACUUUUAAUGAUAAGCAUAUGAUUCCUUAAAUCUUGGAGUACAUUUAUCUAAGAUUGAAGUCCAAAUCAUUUUAUAAAUAUUCAGACAUUUUUGUGAAAUACAUUUAUGUUGAUGUGUAACCAUAAAGUAGCUGUAUGCUUUCAUUCAGCUAUGAAAAUCAUUUUAUCAUUGCAUUAUAAAUUCUCAAAUAUUAAGUUCAUAUUAUAUGAAUAUUGUGUGAUGGGAAUUUAUUUUCACCCUUUUUGUCAUUUUCAGUUAAAAAAAAUUAUAGUUGUACAAAAGUACAACUUUUUAAGUUUUAAACAGUGUUGCAUCUUUACAGUUAUAGGAUCUAGAAAUUACCAUAAUCAUGUAUUUUUGUGUUAGAAUGGCCAUUUUAUUGAAAAUAUUGAUGAAUAUUUAUGUGUCUAAAUAAAUAUAAAUACAUACUUGUUUUCAGAAUCAUAUCUCAUUAAUUAAUUAUUUUAAAAUGAGUGGCUGUUCAGUGUAUCAUUAUAUUCACUUCAUGGAAAAUUUGAAUCUGGAAAUUAAUAUGUUAAAGAUUUUCAUACCUUACAACUUGUGUUUAUUUUUGGAACUGGGUAGCUGGGAUCACUUUCAUGUAUAAAUCACUGCAGUUACUUAUUUUGAAAAGUGUUUCAACCUUUCUAAGUCUAAAUAGCAUUGAUUGAUAGAAGUGCAGUUUAGCCUGGGCAUCCUGAUUUCAUUCUAUAAAAGUUACCGACUGGUACAAUAGAAUAAUGUAUAAAUGUGUAGAAAGUGAUAUUGAAUGCAUUCUAUUCAUAGAGUAGUACUUGAGACUGUGUUGUAAUUACUGAUACUUAUUAACGGCAAUGUUUUGAUCACUUUUCAAAGGCCAUCCAAGUUUUUGCCAUUUAUAAUCAAUAUCCAUUCAGGGGCUGAUCCAGCCAUUUUUAAAAGGGGUGUUCCAACCAUAUGUCCUCAUUCAAAAGCACUGAUCAUCAAAAAAGGGGGUGUUGCAAUCCCAGGAACACCCCCCUCCCCCCCUCCCUCCCUGGAUCCGCCACUGCCAUUGCCUAUUAUAAACACUUAAAAAUUCCCAACAAAUUAAGCAAAUGUCAACCUGACAAGGAAAACAUGUUCAUUAGGACAAAUACUCAAAAAGCCUUUCACCAAUUUUCAUGAAACUUGGGUGAACUUUUUAUAUCUAUUUCCGAAAUAAAUAUUUACAUUAAAGGUGCUAUAACAUCAUUAGUACCAUAUUUAAGAAUCUUCACAGUUAUACAUCCCAACAAUGUAUUCAAUAAAAUAUUUCUAAUAAAGGUGCUAUAACAUCAUUAGUACCAUAUUUAAGAAUCUUCACAGUUAUACAUCCCAACAAUGUAUUCAAUAAAAUAUUUCUAAUAAAGGUGCUAUAACAUCA